AUGUUGCGUGAAGCUCUGCUCGCCCUGCUCGCCGUCGUCGCCAUUCAAUUAGUCGUAUCAGCGCCCGCUGACGCAGCCGACUUGUUGAACAGCGCCGACACGAACGGGACAGAUGGAAAUGGCACAUUCUUGGACGACAACUCGACGUCAAACGGGACCGGAAACGAUCCGGACGGCGCGGGAAUGAGCUCGAUCCCGGCUGUCCUGCUCUUCUGUUCCCUCUUCGUCUCGCUCCGCCAAAUUCUG